CACUGUUGCAGUGAGUGACACUUUCCUCUUUAGAUAGCUCGUUUUGUGUGUGCGUGUGUGUGCUAUUUUAGAAUACAUUUUUAACGUGCAUGUUCAAACUUUCGUGUUUUUGCACCUAGAACAGAUGAGAUUGCUGCUCAGUUUGAGGCGACUCAAUGCCAUAUUCUCUGCAGGCACAUUCAGAGGCACCGCGAGCUCAGCCGCUAUGAGACUGGUCCAGUUCUGCCAUGGAGGAGAUGAGGGGAGGGUCAGAGUCGGGGUGGAGCAGGCAGAAGGUAAAAGGGUCGUUGAUCUGAAAGCUUUUGACCCCUCGAUGCCUUCCACUAUGAGAGAGUUUCUAGAGAUGGGACAGAAGGGAAUGGAUUGUGCUCAAAGGGCUCUGUCCAGUGGUCAGUGUGUGGUGCCGCGGUCAGAUAUCAGGCUGCUAUCUCCAGUCACUGGCCCGGAGAAAGUGAUAUGUGUUGGUAUGAAUUAUAGAGAUCACUGCCUAGAGCAGAACGCCCCAAUUCCUAAGGAGCCCAUCAUUUUCAGCAAGUUCCCCUCCACCAUUACUGGCCCGUGUAAUGAUAUCAUUCUACCAGAAGAGAGUAAGGAAGUGGACUGGGAGGUGGAGCUGGCUUUUGUGAUUGGCCGAAAAGGGAAGCAUAUUAAGGAAGAGGAGGCCUUGUCUUAUGUUGCAGGAUUCACUGUAGCUAAUGAUGUCAGCGCCCGUGAUUGGCAGAUGAAGCGCAAUGGAAAGCAGUGGCUGCUGGGAAAAACGUUUGAUACGUUCUGUCCACUCGGGCCAGCGCUUGUUACCACUGCAGCACUGAAUGACGUUCAUAACCUGGGGAUCCGUUGCCUGGUGAAUGGAGCCGUUGUUCAAGACAGUAACACCAAUCAAAUGAUCUUUCAGACAGAGAAACUGGUGGCUUGGGUCUCACAGUUUGUAACUCUUUGUCCUGGUGAUGUGUUUUUGACUGGAACACCUCCAGGUGUAGGGGUGUUCAGAAAUCCACCUGUGUUUUUAAAGAGGGGAGAUGUUGUGGAGUGUCAGAUUGAUCAGAUAGGAUCCAUACGGAACACAGUGGUUUAGGAAGAGCACCAAGUUAAAUGCUCAACAUUGACCCAAGUGCCAUAUUCAAUAUCUGUAAUUAUUUUUUUACAUUGUGAAUAUGGAAAUACUGUAUGCAUUUUAAGAAAUUAGCUGCAUUUUUAAAUGUAAAACAGGAUGCUAUGGACUCCUAAAACAAGAACAUCCAUAUUUUUUCUGAAUCUGGCACAAAAGUCUUUAAGGAGUUUAAUUUCUUGUGAAUGUAAAGCUUGUUUUCAUCAGUUUUUUUUCCACACACACAGGGACAGAAUGCAACUCAAGCCUCCAGUAGAUGGCAUUGUUUACUUGUAUACAGUAGCUACUGUAUAUAAUUAUAAGUAUUUGACAAUGUUAAUAGUCCACCCAAAAAUUAAAAAUCUAACAUUAUUUAUUUGCCCUCAUGUCUUUCCAAACCUGCAUGACUUUAUUUCAUCCAUGGAUAAUCACAGGAGAUGUUUAGCAGAAUGUCUGCACUGCUCUCUUCCAUACAAUGAAAUGGGAUGGUGACUAGGGGUUGUCAAGCUUCAAAAGGAACACAAAUGCAUCCUAAAAGUAGUCUAUAUGAUUUUUGCACUAUAUACCAAACCUUCUGAAGCCAUAUGAUAGCUUUGUGUGAGGAAAAUCUUGUUUGAGAGUCUUUUUAGAUUAACUUUGUAUCAGCUUGGACAUUCUCCUAUUAGAAAGAUUCAAGUCAUACAGGAUUCUAAAUAAAGUAAUGAGUAGUAAAUGAA